AUGCGCCGCGAACGCGUGUUCCGGGAUCGCACGAAUAUCUUCGAAGUUUUCGACGAAGACGAGCUUCAGAGGCGUUUCCGGUUUGGUCGUGCUGGCAUCGCCUACCUCGCCGAGCUCCUGCGUGACGAUCUUCAGCAUACCACUCGUCGGAGCCACGCUUUGAGCGCUGAGCGACAAUUGGUGCUCGCGCUGAAGUUCUUCGCUACCGGUGGUUUUUUAAUCACGGCCGGCGAUACCAUCAACGUGCACGAAUCGACGGCGAGCCGCACCGUUCGGCGAGUUGCUCUUGCUCUCGUCCGCCACUGCUCAACUUGGAUACGCUGGCCCUCACCGAACGAGCUGGCUGAGGGGCAUACCAACUUCUACGGUCUGGGCGGCUUCCCCUGCGUGGUGGGUGCAAUAGACGGCACGCACGUAAGGAUCCAGGCACCCGAGGAGAAGGAGGAGGCGUAUGUCAACCGGCAUUUCUACCAUUCCAUCAACGUUCAGCUCGUCGUCGAUGCCAACUGCCGGAUACUUGACGUCGUCGCAAAAUGGCCAAGUGGAACCCACGACGCGCGGAUGCUCGCCAAUAGCAGCCUCGCCAAACGCUUCGACAGGGGCGUGCACACGGGCCUUUUGUUGGGGGAUAGUGGAUACUCAUGUCGGGCCAUGGCUAAUGACCCCAUUCUGGACACCAGACACUCCAGCGAAAAGGCGCUAUAAUGCAGCGCAUGGCACAACAAGGGCAGUGGUCGAAAAGUACGUCAGCGUGCAUUCAGCAUACGAGAAUGUUUCACCUGUAAAUUUUGCUUCUCCCAGUGCACAGCUAGCAGAAGUGGAAUGAAACACGCAACUAGACACUGCUAACCAUUCUAUGAUUAUAUUGUCAUGUCAUUACCAUGCAACAGUACGAGUGCACUUACAAGAUUGACUAGAAAAG